AUGUCACGGCGUGGGGCUCCUACAUCGAGGAGAGCUCGACAGAGAAGGUGCCCAGGUAUGCGGCCACUUGCGAGCUGUGCUUCACAGACCCAGUGCAUUGCCGCCUUUGCAUUUGUUUGGGGAUGGAAGUGGGAAAAGACUGGCACCUGGUACGGCCUCUUCAACGAGUGGACCGCGGUUUCUGAGAACAUCAGCAGCUCUGUUUGUCCUGUCUGCGAGUCAGAGGUGCUUAGUGCCUUGCAAAAGUGCUGGACAGGGCAGGACAAGUCAACGAAGGCCCCAAGCAUCCACAGCGUCGCAGUGGAUGGGAAGCAGCUGGAGCAAGCUGCCUUCACCGUUGACCAAAGCGAAGUAACGCUGGUGGUGAAUGCAACGCAACAGGAUGGCAAUCCCCUCACAGGGAUUUGGGUGGUCACGGAGGAGAUUGUUUCUGAAGCAGUGGGUGGUGUACACGAAGACACCAAUCCGCUUCUUGAAGACUUGUUUCCGGAUAGCCCUGAGAAGAAAAGCGGUGUGGGUCUCUCCGUUAUUCUCAACACCUCAACGUUGAAGAUAAGUGGAAACUAUCGACUCUACGUCUUUGUGCGAGAGGAUCCUGCCUUUUGCAGCGCCGGCAAUGCCGAGUGUCCCAAUCACGAAGCAUACGCAUCAAUGGCAUUUCGCAUUUGUCAUGAUGCUCUUCCAGGCGAACAGUGCUACAGCCAGGUUCGCUAUGCUAUGGAAAAAGAUCUCCAGGCGAACCCCGAUAGGUAUCCUGGUGCGACAACAAGUUCUUCCUUUUCCGAGGUGCAGAUGGUCAUGGCGCAACUGCAGCUGGGUGACUGUCCACAUCCUUGUGGAACGCCCAUUUGGUGCCACAGCACUGAACCUGGAGAGGCAUGCUAUGACUACAUUCAAUGGUUGUUGAAGAACAACAACACGGAAAAUGGGCCAGAGGCUCUUCAUGGCAAGAAGAGCAUUAAGGGCGCCCAACGUGCCAUUCACGAGUUCAUGCCAGGGAUCUGCCCACGACCAUGCGAGGGUGUUGGCCUUCAGUGCGAGCCGAACUGCGAGGACACGCCGGAUGAAACAGGCAUCGAGGAGACCAGCCGUGGCAUGGGGCAGCAGUUCCCUUUAGAUACCAUGGUGCAAAGUGAAGUCAAGAAACACUGGAAGGUUUUGUGGCAACAUGGACAAAUACAGGACUUUGAGAAAGACGGCGUGUCUAAGCUGAUACUCGACGGACCGAGAAGCGAUGAAGAAGCGAUGAAGAAAAUGGGCCAAGACGUUAUGGUCAUGGUUUACUUGUCGUGUCUUCUUGUAAUCACCGAAAGCUUCGCCGCGAUGGAGUUGGGGCAGAGCAUCAGCAUCACUGGCGGGAAGUAUGUCGGCAAGGCCGCCGUGAUUGAAGGCAUCACACAAAAGAUGCUGAAAGUGAAACUGGCAGAUUCAGACCAAAAGGGCUCUAUCCGAAAAGCCAUCGCCCGGCUGGUGGCACCUGUGGAAUCGGCUGGACAUGCACCACAACAUGCCUCAAGGUAUUGAAAGCGAAUGACCGGGCACGCAGGUGUUAUAAGAAAGCUGGAUUCCGCUGCAAAUCCAGCAGUGACGCCAGCUGGGGAUGCCAUCUCGCAUCAAAGUGGCAGAGAUGGAGCAAGGUGCACAAGCAUGCCGACAAGACGACCCAGGUCACACAGAAGGCCAGGGUCCCACAGUAGAAUCACCGCGCAUCAGUAGCCAAAGAUGCUACUUGAGCCUUGCAGAGUACAUGUAAAAA